UUUUGUCGGCUAGACAUUAAUAGCCUAUUAACCCACAUUCUCAAAGUCAGGGAUAAUAUGACAAGAAAUCUUUGAAUAUUUUCCACGAAAACAUGACGCAGCCCGUAAAACACGAAGCAAGGACCCAGGAACUGAAGGAGUUCCCGGCGGCAAAGAUUUCUGCACCGAAGGAAGCUAGAAUUCAAUCUGCAAUUGCGAAAGGCAAACAAACGUUACUUCCCUGUGAGGCCAAUGGACAAAAUCUGAGUAAAUUCGAACAUAACGGGCGAGAUGGCCCAGUUAUGGUCUACGCUGAAGAAGCGUUUUAUAAGCACAACAGGUAUGGACAUUAUAAGGUGAUCAUGGCUCUCAAACCCGCCGAAAGCGUCCGAAAUCAGUUGUUCUUCGGAAACGAGUCGCCAAAGCAAAACAAAGAGGUGCUGAUGAAAAGCGACUCUUCACGCGUUCAUGUUAAACAAGUGUCGAGCAAGAAGGGAGCACAUUCCGAUGGCAGAUUUGUUGACAGAAAAGGAAAACACCAGACAAUAAAGCCACCGAAACCUGCAUCGAAUCAGGAUUCGUUUGAAGAGCUAAUCGAACGGUACAAAACACGGAGAGUGAAGUACAAAGAUCUCAUGGGAACCGGCCAUGGACAUGUGGAAGUUUUGGAUAAACUUGACGGCAUGUACAGGCAGAGAAAGCAAGAGAGGUUAACUCUAUUGACACAGUUUAGUAACCUCGGAGAGAUAAGGACCGAAAUUAACACCUCCACUGGUUUAAGGGAUCACGCCGUGGACUUGGAAGAAGCGAGCAAAGAAUCAAAAGAACCAUUAAAACUACCGAAGAUUAGGGUUUCCACGGUUUCCGAAUUAACAAAGAAAGACUCCAGGCGAAGGCUAGAUAGAAAGCUUUUGCUUGUUCCAAAGGAAAGGACGGGUGCUUUAAAGCUUGGUGCUCGGCAAAAAGUCGACCUAGAUGGUCUAACCGAACUUAACGAUUCUCCCAUUUACGAAAAACAAAUUUUACGCUUGCCAGAGCUUUAGCGAGAAUAAUUUUACAUAAACAAUAGUAUAUUUAUUACAACGGUUACAACAGAUAGCUGAGCGGAAAUUUAAGAGAGUUUAUAAAAUUUACGUCUGCAAACUUUUAUGUCCUGGAUAACAAUAUACUGACAUAGCAAAGUCUUUAAUUAUGACUCUGAGUGCGUGCCUCUUGCCAAGUCUUUAGAACCUUAAUGGUUGCAGCGACGGCAAGCUAACAGUUAUGCUACAGUAGACAAAAGAUUCCUUAAUCACCAACCGCAGAACGGACAACAAACAGAUUAGUUCAUUUGUAUAUGGUAAUUCGCAAUGGAAUGCUAUCUGCGCCGAAGAAAAAUCUUUCGAUAAGUUUAAUAAGAAAUUAAAAUAAAAUGAAAUUAGGUUAACAGUGGGUCUUUCAAAAAGUGGCCUUUGAUUUCAGUGCCGCUGUGGUCCUGGGAAAGGUUGUUACACCGUCAGUAAAGGAACUGUUAGGUGUAUGUAAUACUUCAGCGGCUGAUUAGAGAGAUUUCUGAAACGUUCAGGAUACCCAGGGAAGGAAAAUAUUUAAUGAACACAAGGUUCUAGUACGCCCUGAAACACCGGACCUGAAAUAGUACGGCAUGCAAGAGAGCAUGUAAUCGAAUGUAAACUAACCACGUUGAUCUCUGUUAUUAUAAUUGCCUUUCAAUUACUUAGAUCAAACGAUUUAAAGUCAGUAAUAUUCAUGCAUUGUGUCAUACCUGUCAGAAACUAAUGGAAUUCUGUUAGAGUUCGUUUACACAGAGAGAAAAUCUUGAUGAUCCAGAAUGUUUCUCGAGCAACUCACUGAAAAUCUUUAUUUAAUUCGUCA